CUCUUUUAAAACUGCUCCUGAAUUGCUUGAAAUAAAACUUGUUAAAGGUAUAUUUGAGAUACUGUGGGUCUUUGUGCUAUGACCCUAAUUAAAUGCCUAGUGUGCGUGAUCACCCAUACAACAGCACCCUCUUGCAACCCCCAUGACCCUUUUCCCUGAGCUCCCCACAUCCCCAAGACCCUGCCCUUACUCCUGAACCCCUUGCCCACUGCCCUGAGGGACCCAAGCGAUACUAGGUAAAUCUUCUAGUCAAAGACGCGUAUAGAGUGAGCCCUGAAUAUUUUGUAGAAUAGUGAUAGAGAUGCAGCCGUGUUAGCUUUGUAGUCUGUGUUGCAAUUGAAAUCUAUAUAUUUGAAAAUGUAGAAAACAGCAAGAAAGACACAGAUAAUUGGUAUGAGAUGACGGAUUAAUCGGGCAAUUAAUCACUAAUGAAUUGCCUUCAGUCACGUGAAGACGAUUGUCUUCAAUCGCAUGAUUCAUCACAUUUAAUUUUAACUACUUUACAGCCCUCCCCCACAGCAGAAAGGAAAGCAACUUGAAGGUGCUAGUUUCACCCUUGUUGAAAAUAAUUUUCAAAUCUAUUAGAAGCUGUCAAGCAAGCAAGCAAGAAAAGCAGAAGUGCUGACAGCAAUAUCCUUAGAUGUCCGGACAAGACUGGACCACAAACUUGAUAUCUGUACAAGCUGAACCCCAGCAAUCUGUCUCUGAAGGGUCUUGUGCAGCUGAGGGGUACUGUGCAGCUGAUAGGCCGGCAGAAAGGAAGUGCCUAAUAUAGCCACAUGCAGGCAUCGGAGAUAGGCAAAGAUCCCAGAUUCUAAAAGCAGAGAAACAAGCACAACAUGGAAUUGAGUCUCCUUCUACCGGUGCUGGCCGCUCUCGAGAUGUUCCCCAGCCUGGUGUCUCCUUCAGACCCUCCAUCAGCCCCCAAACUCUUUCUGCACCCCCGACACCAAGAGUUCAUCGAGGGCGACCGUCUCACCCUCCGGUGCUCAGCUCAGGGGGUCGAGGGGGUGACAAGGUACCAGUUCUUUGACGGAAGUGGGAAGCAGCUCUCCGAGACGCCCCCGAAUGCCUACACAGAAGCGUGGCUCCAUCUCACGGCUAACAACUCCACCAUCGGGGCGUACAGCUGCGCCUACUGGAGGGAGGAAUCCGGGAAAGAAGUCACAUCUAUCAAGAGCUCCCCCAUCUCUAUUCAAGUGAAGGGCAACUUGUCCCGGGUGUUGGCUGUGGGUGGCUCCUUCUUCACCCUCAAUGGCCUCAUCUUCCUCGCCACCUACUUCCUGAUGAAGCACCAAGAUUCUAGGACAGUUACAAAACGGAGAUUGCAGAGAGCCAAACCUGUAGAAGGAUCCCCAAAGUCCUCCAACCCUGAUCUGGCUGAGAUGAUGCUGAGUGAUGAACCUACCACACCACCAGCCUCAGUUUUCCCAGUGGAGAAACAGGACACAUGAUGGCCACCUUUCAUUUGCUGUGCCAUGAAGCUUGCCGUGUUUGCUUACAAUAAGCUGCAGGUCUCUUCCCUGGUCGUGAGCUUUGGAUCCCAAUGCAGAAGUGGACAAGAAAGAAAGAAAGAAAGAAAGAAAGAAAGAAAGAAAGAAAGAAAGAAAGAAAGAAAGAAAGAAAGAAAGAAAGAAAGAAAAGCUUUUUCCCAAGCUGCACGAAUUCCAGUCAGCUCCCCACGCUUCUGGCAAUAAAAAUUCUC